ACUUUGUUACAGUUCAGUGAAGUGCAAAGCAGAUAUCAUCACAACUUGAUUGAGCAAAGGAGAACCAUGGACUACCUUCCCAUUUUCUCCGUAGAAACAUGGAUCCUGCUCAUCACAUUUAUCUGCCUAUUUGUCAUGUAUGGCUACUCCAGUUAUGGAAUAUUUGAGCAGUUGGGGAUCCCAGUCAGCAAGCCAAUUAUGUAUUGGGGCACAAUUGGCAGGCUCAACAGUGUCUAUUAUUUAGAGGACAUCGAGAAUGCAAAGAUGUUUGGGAGAAUAUGGGGUGUAUAUGAGUUAAAGAAGCCCAUGCUGGCUGUGAUGGACCCUGACAUGUUGAAAACCAUCCUGGUGAAGGAGUGCUUCACCUACUUUACCAACAGACGGAACUUCCGUCUUAAUGGGGAACUCUAUGACGCGGUGAGUAUUGCUGAGGAUGAUGAAUGGAGGCGACUACGCAACAUCCUCUCUCCCUAUUUCACCUCUGGGCGACAAAAGGAGCUCUUUGACAUCAUGAAACAUCACUCAAGCAAACUGACAGCCAGCCUGCAGUCCAAGGCCCAAAAUGGAGAAGUUAUUACUAUAAAAGACUUCUUUGGAUCCUACAGUUUGGACAUAAUGGCGAGCUCUUUAUUGAGUGUGGAUUUGGACACAAUUAACAACACCUCAAGUCCACUCAUCACAUAUGCCAAUAAGCUGUUCAGAUUUCCCAUACUUCUCUUUCUUUUCCAAGGGUGCUUUCCAUUUGCUCUUCCGCUAUUGGAGCUAAUGGGUUUCUCAUUGUUCCCCAAGAGUUCUACUAAUUACUUUAAAAGGUUUGUGGAGAAGAUCAGGCAGCAACGCAAUGGAAACUCACAAAAGAAUUCAAGAGAUAUGCUUCAAAAUAUGAUUGACAGCCAGACCGACAAUAAAUCCAAGAAAGAAGGGGAGAAUAAAAAGCUGACUGAUCAUGAGAUCAUUUCUCAAGUGACCAUGUUUGUGUUCGCUGGUUACGAGACAAGCGCCACAACUCUCACUUUCCUUGCCUACACUUUGGCCCAAAACCCUGCAGUCAUGAAACGCCUACAGGAGGAGAUAGAUGUCACCUUUCCUGAUAUGGGUCCAGUCCAGUAUGAAGCCCUGAUGCAGAUGGAGUACUUGGACAGCGUGGUCAAUGAGUGUUUGAGGCUCUACCCUCCAGCUGCACGUCUGGAACGAGUGGCUAAAGAAAAAGUAAAGAUCAACGGGAUCACAAUCCCAAAAGACAUGCUUGUGAUGGUUCCAGUCUACGCUCUGCACCACGACCCCGAGCUUUGGCCAGAGCCCAAAGAGUUCAGACCUGACAGAUUUAGUAAGGAGAACAAGCAGAACAUUAGGCCAUACACUUACUUGCCGUUUGGGGCUGGGCCGAGGAACUGUAUUGGAAUGCGAUUUGCUCUGCUGAUGGUUAAACUGGCCUUGGUGGAAGUGUUGCAAAACUACAGCUUCUCAGUCUGUGAUGAGACAGAGAUCCCUUUGAAGAUGGACCCUGAAGGCCUCGUUGGACCAUUGAAACCAAUCAAACUGAAGGUGGUGACACGAUCAAACCAGUGCAACUAGAGAUUGGUCCGGGUCAAACAGCUCUUGUGGUUGAACAAUCAUAUAAAUGAGUAACUUAAGUUACUAAAAAUGCUUAUUUAGUUUACGACUGACAUUUUUCAUCUGUACUUUCAGUUUAUAUUUUGAUAACCAAUCAAGCUUCAAACCCAGUACUCUGGUUGGAUAAGAGGUAUUCCAUGAUUGCUAACAUAGAGUAUAACAGCACUGGGAAUGAUAUCGUUGUGUAUCUCUGCCUCAGUCGGGUGUUUAAAAUUGUGUUAAUUAACAUUAUGAUGGUGUUUGUCUUGACUGAUCACGCUGGAACCUCUGAAUCAUGGAGGCAACUUAAGCAACUGCCAACAGACUCUUAUUUCACUGCCUACAUGAUCAAAUGAAACAUACAGGUGAAUGCAAACUAAACAAAGUAGGUGGCCUGCUGAAUUGGUGACAUACACAAAGUUACAAAAGUGCAGGAGAAGGUUUUGGUUGCUCAGCGACUGUUCAACUCUAAGCGAGAAAAAUAACUUGUUAUAAUUUGUUGUUUCUUGUUUUGUUUCCUAACACAAAGUUCAGAAUUUAAAUACACUAAUCUAAAGUAAAUUAUCCAGCACAUUAAGUGUUGAUUAAAAAUAAAGAACACCAUUGUGACCAGUGGCAGAUGUGUCAGGGACACAACACUGUUAACAUUCUUCUGUUAAAUAUAGUUCACUGCGCUUACCUAAUAAAUGGAGAAUAUGACAAAUGUUUCUGUUCAUCUCAGAAGACUCAUUGUGCUUUAUGUGGAAUUAUUCUUUGUGAAGCCUGUUCUUUUACAUUUUGAUUAAAGGGUAUUCAUCUGUCCAGUA